GAGCCCCUCCUCCCCUCCGUCCCGCUCCCAGGGGGCGGGCCUUACAGACUAGGCCCGAAGUCUGUCCCAAUCAGAAAACUAGAGCAACAGCCUGAGCGCCGGGCCCCCACCUGGCAGGGUUGGGGAGAGGAGCCUGCCUAGUCCGGGGAAGGAAGCCGCCUUCCUGUUUCUGGUGAGGACUUCCCACGCUGACCCAGGCGUCCUGGAGGUCUCAUUCUGGCAGGCUAGGCAGCCUCCAUUCCCGGGGGGGGGGGGCCUGAGACGGAUGUCCCCGCUGAGGAGAACGCGAGAGUUCUCCCUCAGUCGCUGGAGAUGCUGUCCUUGAGGACCCGGGAUCGUCUUCUGUAGAAAAGGGCUCCAGUGGGGCAGAUUUCUAGGAGUCCCAGCCAGGGCGCCCCGUUUCCUUGCUUGGAGCCUAUAGGCAAAUGUGCCCCCACAAGGGGUCUGGGGAGCAGAUUGCUGACCGUCCCCAGCGGGCCUGCAGAAAGGAGGUGCUCUGCAAUGAAGAAUGACGGCUUCCUCCCUAUAGCGGCUCUCAGGGUUCAGCUUUGCUCACAUGGCUUAUGUGUGGGCUUCCCCAGGAACCGGAAUUAUUCACCUCGGCAACAUCCGUCCAGACCUCAUCGGGAACGGAGAAUAAGUGGGCCGGAGCUCUCCUUUACACGGAAGUCUCUCCCCGUGCCAUGGCAUGUUGGUCUAUCAGAGUUGCUAUUUGGCAUGAAGAGGGGAGGAAAUGAGAGCAUGUGAGACAAUGGAUGGAUUAGCAAAGCCUGAAUUAAACUCCAGUCUGAAAACUAGGAGCAAACAUGGGACUCCUGCACAUAGCUCCCAAGGGUGUGAUGGUUCACGCCAUGUCGGAUGAUGGAGGCUAGUCUGUAAAUGUUGCCCCCCAACACUGAGGAGUGACAAGGCGCCCCAAGAAGUGUAAUGGGAUUCAUUAGUGAGAUGGAUGGCCCAGAGUUGGUUCCCUGUGGAAGUCGGCCUCGGUGAAGUAGAAGAGGAUGGAGCUUAGAAGGGUCAUCCAGGAGAGCUGGCGAGCAGACAGAAAAGUGGGGGGAAGAGGGCCCCAGACCUCAAGGACCGGGGACUGAGGUGGAGGCCUGAGGUGGACAUUUUGAACAUCAGGGAGAUGAGCAGCUCUCAGAAGUAGGAAGCCUGAAUGCGGGACUGCCCAUCAUGGGGCUCCAUUGGCUCAGACCUCCAUUGGCCCAUGUGUUCCUAACACCUAACAGUCAUCCUUUGGGACUAAGCUAAGCUUGAUGGGCACCUACCCAUGGCGCCUGCCCUCAGUGCUCCAACAGGACUCGGACACUCCGGGAACCUUUGCUGACAGAAGGUUAUCCUCUGCCAAGAGGGCUCCACAUGUCCAGGUGAGAGCCCUGAGAGCUGCCCCUUCCCUGGGGAACCCAAAGGUCCCUCCAUGGAGUGACUGUCAAGAACCUGCUGCUCCGCCUGUGCCCCAAGCCAUGAGCUUGUUUUUCCUUUGCCUUUUCCUCCUCUUUCAGACUCCGAGCUGGCUCCUGUCUGCAUCUGCUGGGCUCCUCUCCUUGGGGGGAUUCCCACCUGCCUGCUCUUUGUGCUGAGAAGACACGCAAGCCCCCUGCUUCCUCCUCACUUACAGGGCCUUCCAGUCACUUGGCUCUGCUGCGGGCUCCAACCCUGGCAAGGAGGCGGUUGGCCCCUGGUUAUGGCUUUAGCGGAGUGUAAUGGGGGCCCUUUUCGACUCCCUUCUUGGCCACAAGCAGUGAGAAUCAAAGGGAUCCUGUGUCGGUCAUUGGAAAAGGAUUCCAGGGAUGCCACAUUAUGAGAUCGGUCAGAGGUUUGGCUUCCUGUUCUAAAUCCAGAAUAUGGUUUACAAAACCCUUUUAAAUUUAAUCUAAAUUAUUCCCAAUGAGCUAAUUGUCACAAAAUGAUUAGCACAGGCCCCCUGGAGGCAUAGAAUGAAUGGUUACUCUUACCCUCCCCUGCCCCUCUGCACAUUAUUCCAGAGUACUGUGAUGCCCUUUCUGCUUCCAUCUCUGCCUUGUCCCUUAAUUCCUUCCUUUAAGCUCAGCACAGACAGCACCUGGACCAGGGCCCAUCUCUGUCCCUCUAGGACAAACACCCAGGAAGCCGCAGUGGGGGCUACAUACAUGUCGGCAUCCCCCAGACCUGUAUGGACCCUAAGAUCACUGACUUCUUUCCUUUCAUCACCUUCAUCUCUGCCUGUUUCUGACAGUGUCUGUGUUCUCCAGCCCUAGAGUCCCCCAGCCCAGGAGGGAGGCAGGAUCUUCUUUGACCUCCACUCCCUUCCAAGAACAGGGGAACAGCCUCGGUUUCCCUUUGUGCAAUGGCCUCCAUUCAUAUUGUUGUUGUCCUCUGGGUGCUUUUCCUCAUUCCUGAGUUGACCUUCUGUUAGACCCCUCAAUGGGUCUGACCACCAGAGUCCCCUCCUUCUCCUACUCCCUCCUGCAGAGCCAUCACAAAGAACACAGGAUUACUUAAGGAAAGAAAGGAAGAAAAGAGGAAAAGCCCAGCAAUAUAGAUUGAUCUGGACAUCGGCAUGCAUGUGCAGGUUCUGCACCCAUGCCCCCUUCCUCUUAUGCCAAGGUGUUGGGGAGGCGUCUUGUCUCUUCUUGGGGCCACGUUUAUUUUCUGAAAUCUCUCGACAUGGAUUUCAGAGUAUCCGGUGCUGCUCCUCCUGCUGUUGUCACUGUCACCAUCAUGGCUCUGCCUUCUGGGCUCUGCUGACCUCACUCUGACUGGGCCCUUCUGGACUACCCUGGAGGUGUCACCUGCAUCCCUUUCCACACUGCAGCUAUGGAGGGGGGCUGUUUGAGAGGAAUUCAGUCAAGGAAGUGGGAGAGGAGUUAUUCCAGUCCAGGAAGUGCUUUGAGAGCAGUGAGGAUGUGUGUGAGUGUGAGUGUGUGUGUGAGUGUGUGAGACAGAGAGACAUAGACAGACAGACAGGUAGGGAGGUGCCCUAUUGUGGCUGGAAACAAGGAGAGCUGCAUGUACUUGGGGUCGUUACUGCCUUUUCUUCCCAGGAUGAGGUAACCAGUGAUGGAGGCUGGUUGCUUGCUAGGCUACAAUCACUCAGAAAUGUCUUCUAAUGAACAUGAGCAUCAGUAAUCACACCUGAACUCCGAGCUCCUGUUGGGUUCCCAAGCAGAAGAUGGCGGCCAAUGGUGUCAGCUGUGUUGUUGGGCAGGGACCUGGAAUAGAGGAGGGUUUUUCUGGGCUCGGGGACAUGAGAAGUAAAGGACAAGCCUCUCCAUGCCUGGGAGUGGAGUCCUACAUGAGGUUUGGACUCUAUUGGUAGGACUCCCUGCAUAGGAUGGGUUUCAUCACUAUGAAUGCUUGUCAAGGAGACCUUGAAAGUCUUGCUCCUGGGGAGAAACUCUUCCCUGCCUUCCUCUUCUCAGGGCCCUGGGUGCCAUAGGAGUCCUGAGAGGAGGGUCUCUGGGGAAGGACAGAUGGGUUGGGCCUUUCAAACUCUGUGACACGGCCAGAUAUGGCUGUAAGCAUCACAUGGGAGGAGAGGAGCCACGUGGUCCCUGCCAGAAAGUCCUCUAAAGGUUGGUGAGGCAACAGAACUUUGAGAGCUUCCUCUUCCCAGUCAGAAAGGAGGCUACAAAUCUAUGUAUGCUGACCAGUGAUGGGAUUAGGAUUCUCUGAAGACUCUAUAUUAAUUCAUGAUUCUUCAUUAGAGAGAGAAGGUGGACCCAAAAAAGAAGGACCCAUAAUCUCGUGGCCAGGUGCAGUUCACUCCUACUGCUUCCUCUCAAGGACACCACAGCCUUCCUUGAUCCAUAACGUGUGGAUCCAUAACCUCGGUGGCAUCACUUUUUCUGCUUGGACAGCCUUGACCUCAGGCCAGACUUCUGAGCACCAAGAGUCAAGGCCUCUGGCAUCCUCCCCAGGAUGAAUGCUCACCCAAUGAAAGAGUAGAGCCAAGAUCAAAAUGGAUUCUCAACACAUUCCUUAAAAGGAAAGAGGGGUGCAAAUUCAUCUCUAAUUCACAGAACCGAUAGCCCUGAAAGGACACAAAAGAAAGAAUAAGUUUGAGAACUAUUGUUUCAAGGGACAGGAAAUGAAAUGACUCUGCUCUCCUGGGAUGGUCACCGAGUGUGAUUAUUUCCAAAUCCCCUCAUAAUUCCUCAGACCCACAGAACAGUAAAUGAAUGGUGAUGGAAUAAAUCCUUGAGCCCACCAAAGUCCUGGCAAUAACACAUCCCUAACAGUGUCCUCUCCGUCACUCAAGCAAAGAAAGGACGUGUAAUGAAGCUUCCUUACCUUUGAACCUGACUCAGUGUAUCAGUCAUAGGAAAUAAAAGUCUACAGUCAAGGGAAAUAAAGUCUCAAAUCAACAGAAAACACAGAAGGAAAAAAAAUAAAGAAACAGGAAAAGGACCCAAAAGGGAGAAAUAAUGCUUAGAAGAGGAGGGUCCUUGGAUGAGGUGGGAUCCAGGCUUCAGGAAUCCUUCAAGGGAAAAGUCCCACAGUGGAGGUCCAGAAAGGUCUGCUGAAAAGACCAAUGGAUCCUGGAGUUCAAAUCCUGUCUCUUGGGGAGCCAAAGUGUGAAAGCAAAUACUGGGGAUGGAUGUUAGCAAAUCUUACUUUGUUGUGAAUGUGCCCAUCAGAGUGACUAGAUUGUAAUAGUGGGUACCCUGAGGUGUGUGGAUGAUGCCUCAGUCCCCGUUUAGUGCAGCAAAGCAGUCUGGGGCAUACUACACUAGGCCAGUCACAACUAAGUGUAAAAAUUAAUAUUAGAUCUCAAUAAUGAAAAUCUUAGAAGGGAUCUAUUACUGAUCAUUAGAAAUCAAGGAAUAAAGAGGAUACAAAAUCAAGACUACGUGCCCAUGACUGACCCACCAGUUCAAACACCCGCCUUACCGCCACCAACCUCACUGUCAUCAUGCCAAAGAGGGAGAGCAGGACUGCCCACUGAAUACUUAUUCCCUGUCUACAGGAAGUACAUUAUGACAGGAAGUCAGUGGGUUCCUGGGAAAUAUAGUUCUUUUUUAGGGUCACAGAUUUUCAAUUAUACAUAAGACUCCCAAGCAGUUGUAGUAAAAACUAACAGAUUUAUUGAUAAACAAACACUUUCCCCUCUAGUUAUCAGAUUUUGUUAUACAGGACGUCUAGGCUCUUCUUUUACCAUGGCUUCUGGUUACUUCAUAACUCUCAGAAUUGAUUCUACAAUAGAAGAGCAAUAAGGCUUAGGCAACUGAGUUUCAGUGAGUUGUUCAGGGUUACACAGCUAAGAAGUGUCUGAGGACAGAUUUGAACCCAAGUCUUCUGAACUUCACACUGGUGCUCUAUCCCCUGGACUAUCUAGCUGCCCCUACUUCAAUCAUUUUUAAAGUGACUUUAUCCCCUUUCCAAAUCAGCUAUUUUGCUUGUGAGAAAUUUUCUACUUUUUCCUUUUUGACUGUCUUAUUAUCUCUUAAUGAUUCACACAUUUCUUAGCUUCUACUUGAUCUAUUCUAAUUUUGAAGGAGUUAUUAAAAUAUAGUGAAGUUUUGUGCCUAUUUUACCAUUUAGCCAAUUACGAUUUUAAAGAAAUUUGUUUAUCUUUUAAAUGCCUCUUACUAACCUUUGUAUUUGCCUGCCAUAAUUUUCUUGAAUCUCUUUUUAUUUCUCUUCCAAGCUUUUCCUCUACCAUUCUUAUUUGGUUUUUAAAUCUCUUUCUAGAGAUCUUCCAAGCUUUGCAGACCUCAUGUCCAUUCUGCAUUUCUUUGAGACUGUUUGUACUCAAGGAGAGCAACCAUCUCAAUUUGAAGAGGAAUACUGAGGCACAGAAAAGGUAUUGCUCGCCCAGUUACAUAGGUAGAGAGCAUCUGAGGCAGGACUUGAACCCAAGACUUCCUAACUCUAAACUCAGUGUCCUAUCAUUAUACAUGCUGCCUACCUCAACACUGUUUUGAGUAUCCAUUUCAAUAAGAAAUGUGACUAAAUUCUCCAAAACUUUAAACUCCUGACUCUGCUAUGAGACUGAUGACCCAAGGAAUAGUAAUAAUAGUGAGCAUUUACCUCAAGUGAUUUAAUGUUUGCAAAGGACUUUACAGUGAGUAUCUCAUUUGAUCCUCACAUCAACCGUAAAAGGUGGGUGUUCACAGUAUACACAUUCUACAGGUAGGGAAAAUAGAGGCAGUAUUGCCCAGGCUCACACAGUGAGUGUCAGGGACUGGAUGUGAAUUCAGGUCUUCUGACUUGAGUAGGAACAGUCUACUGUGUCACCUAUUAGUCUAAAGAAAUUAAGGCCAACAUUAACCAAAAUAUUCAUACUAGAUCUUUUAUUGUGUCAUGGAAGAACAGGAGAUAAGAGAAUAUUUUAAUGAAUUGGGAGACGACAGAUGAAGCUCUGGUAUAGGAAUGCUGUGGAAUGUUACUGAGGAGGAAUGAGAACAACAGCAUUUCAGAAGACAAUGUAUUACCUUUAUGGGACUUUUUGCACAAGGUGAAAUUUAGAUGCUCUAAUUCAAUCUAAAGCAAGAAGGAUUUGUUUCCUAACUUGAUCCCCAAGUUUUAUUCUCCAACGUACAGUCAAGAAUAAAUCCUUCCCCGCCUCUCCCUGGUGCUUCUAUGAACACACCAGAACAUUGUCAUGGAGGGGGAGGAGACCGUGGCGGCAGAGGGGGCCUCUUGGAGCACUCCUGGGAUUCUCGGGCUCUUUUCUGGCACCCUCUUCCCUAGUUCCUCGAGAUCCAGGUGGGGUGGAGACUAGACUAGACCUGAAAAUCCCUGUUGUUUAUGGGGGUGCCAACAUGCUUACCUGCGGGCAUGGAUGACAGUAAGGUAGUUGGAGGCAAAGUAAAGAAAGCAGGUAAGCAUGUUGGAAAGGCAGCCAGAAUUCACUUGAAGGCAAAGCUUGAGAGAUGCCAGCAGAGCGCAAGAGAACGGAGGGCCAAAAAGAAGCCGAGAUAUCGGUAUUUGGAAGAAUUGGUGUCUAGAGAAGAGCUGGAAAUGUCCAAGCACUGGUGCAUGGCAAUGGACCAAGGAAAGAUCCCCUCUGAAAUAAAAGCCCCCCUAAGUGGAGAGGAGCAAAGCAAGUCCCAGCAGAACUCCAGCAGACAGAGCAAGGCUGUGAAGACAGGUGAAUAAUGACUCCUGGUGAAGGUCGUCUCCAUUGAAGCUCAACAAGUAGAUGCUGAAUUGAACAUUCAGGAUCACAUGGAAGAACGGCCAAGAUUGGACUCUGGAAUUUAACUUGCUCCGUCCAGUUCAGUAGUCACUUAUGUUAACCUGCAGUGGUUCAACGAAAUCUGAUUGUUCGCUUUGAAGGAUCUCGUUUUACCCUUCAACAACAGGAAAUUCAGACUAUUCAGUUGUCCUUCCCUUGAGGUCGAUCUUCGAUUGCUGCAAGAGAGCACAGGAUGGGGUGCUUGGAAAAAUCCCUCUGGCAUGGAGGGCAGUAAGUGAAAAGAAAGCACGUUUGCACCUCAAUUGAUUACUUAUGUUCUCUUCAUUUCAUUGUGGAUGUUGGUGUCACUCCAUUUGCUUAGUUUUUUUUGUAUAGUCUUAUUCAGAGAAACCAAAUAGACAGUCUACUAAAGUAUAUAAGUUUUUAGCCUUUAAAAUGGACCUACAGGGGCAGCUGGGUUGCUCAAUGGAUUGAGAGCCAGGCCUAGAGACGGGAGGUCCUAGGUUCAAAUCUGGCCUCAGGUACUUCCCAGCUGUGUGACCUUGGGCAAGUCACUUGACCCCCCUGCCUAGCCCUUACCACUCUUCGGCCUUGGAGCCAAUACACAGUAUUGACUCCAAGACGAAAGGUAAGGGUUUAAAAAAUAAAAUAAAAUGGAUUUAAACUUCUUUUUAUCCAAUUUACUUGAGAGAUCUGUAACAUGUAUUUUUUUGCAGGAAGCACAGACGUAUUCUGUGCAUUGUUCCAGCAUAAAUUGUGCAUAUGCACUAACAAUUACGAGCGUUUCUCUUUCGGUAAUCCAUGAUGAUCGUUCUGUUACAUUGGACCUAGAGGGACAAUCCAUAGGAAAAGCUAUUUGGGAAAGCUUCCCUUGGAAACUCUUGUAGCUGUCCUCCCCAACUGUAUUUCUCAACACUUUUUUGUACACUUAACGACCUUGGAAGACUGUUCUAGAGAAACGAUGUCUAAAUUAGCUGCUGCUGCUUUAGGAUCUCGUUUCUGCCUCAAGAUCUGUACUAGAAUGAUAUACAAAUUGCUUCUAGCUCCAAUGGCUGCUGCAGUAACCAAAACACCAAGCUUCUUUCCUGCCGUGAGAGUAGAGAUUGGGCCUCCUUUGUGCUUCAUUGGGAGAAAAAGGCACCAUAGAAGGCUUAUGUUUCUGUUUUUACUAGUUCAAGCCACAAAAUACUUACUAGAGAGGAAAUCUCAGAGCCAGUGAGGUCUUUGGUCCUGUCCAAGCCACAACUUCCCUUUCCUGAGCCUCACAAUGGAUUCAAACGUUGGUAUUAUGGCUGUCCACAUCACUGCCAUAAAUGUGAGGCCAGGGGGAGCAGAGGUCAAUUCUUCCACUGGCCUCUGCCAUUCAUACCCAAGCCUACAUUUAUGUGAAGCAUUCUUUUCCCCCAAAGUGGGUUUGGUACAGUGUGAAGAAUCAGGCUCAUGACAAAGUAUACAAAGCUUUGAAAAAUAUACUUAUUUCAACAAGAUACUAGUACUGAAUACAAUUGAAUUUUUCUCCUCCCAUUUGUGUUGAGGUCCCUUAUCAUUGUGUCUUUCUUAGAUCCUUAAGAAGUUGUGAUCUCUUAAAUCACAGCUCUAUGUAGGUAAAUUGGGCCACUAUUCCCUAUUAAUUGGCCUUUUCACCAAAUGUCUGUUAUCAAGGGUUAUUUUAGGGAAGAUGAUAUGGACCAUGACAAGGACCACAUAAGUGACUAUUUCUUUCUGGGAUGAUAAGGGAUGCCCUCAUCUGGCCUGAGAUUGAAACAACCUGCGGUUCUUUGGAGUGCAAACUUAGCAUUGCCCCUUUGCUGCCAUGAUGUGUAAAAUUGAGAUUUGAACUCUGGACUUCAAUCCCCACAAGUCCUUGCUCCACUUCCCCAAAAUGCUUUGUAAUCUCACAGAAUUCUGAGGUGGGCUAGAUCGAGAAGGUAUUUAAGCUGAUUACAAAGGCUUUUGAGGUCUUUUUUUGGACUUCUGUUUUGGAGCAGACGUGGCUCUUUCCAUAAUGUAGGUGAGGUCUUGUCUAGGCCUCUGGCCUAGUCACGUUUUCCUUAUCCUGUAUUUUCUUUAAUCCUUAAUAAACCUCUAAAAAAAUAUAAUACUCCUUGCAGAGAGAAACUAAUUUCUACCUGCCUCAGUCUCCCCUAAAUUUUAAUCUUUACAGUUGUGACCACCAUUAAGAGACUAUUGGCUUAGCCUUUCUCUCCCCCCAAGUCUUUCUGUUUUGGAGCAAUAAAGGGAUGAAGAAUAUUGAAUGUCUUAGAAACUGCAUAUGUUUUUGUUGUUUCUGGUUAUUGGAUGAUAUAUGUUUUCCAAAAUAUCCCAAGACAUGGUUUACAUUGUUUCUGGACCAUUUCAAUACCAGCCAGGCAGUUACUAUAAAUGGAAACAUUCCAAAGUAGAAGUGGUUGUUCCAUGGGAUACACCUGUAAUAUUGAAAUAUUUCCUCCCUGGUAGCAAUUAUGUACCAUGUGGGGUCAUUUGGGAUUUUCUUUAUAAUAUUUUUAUAAGAGUUAAUAACUUUGCCCUCACAUAGAAGACACAGAAUUAAUUCAUGAAAGAGUAAAUUCCAAGUUGUUGAACUUAUUUUAUUCAUUCUGGUCUUUGGGGACAAACAGAUGAAGCCCAAGACAUGGUGCCUUGGAUUUAAAAAGGAAUGCUUUGAGUGCUUCAGGGGUUGUGCUGUCAGUUUAUUUUUGUUCCUUUUAAAGCAUGGUAAUAAAUGUCAUUGAUAAAAAAAGAACUGGAGCACUUCCUGUUCCAAUUCAGUGAAAGAGCAUAGCAUUUAUGAAAGCUCUCACAUUUCUUGUAUGACUAGACAACAGAAAGCAGAGGGAGAGCAUGAGAAGAGGAGAGAAUGAUUUCAGUUCUGAAAUACUGCAUGCUACACACUAUAAACAACUAUAUUGGCACUUUGAUUAUUUAAAAAAGAUCAGUAUUUACCAGUGUCAUCUUUUAGCAACUGAUCAUCUUUCAAUUAUGAGAGAUCUGAUUGGCA